AUGCCGUCUUUGAAAGAUGAUGGCUUUGAUUUGCCUCUCGCAAAACGGCAAAAGAGAACAGUCGCAGAGGGAAUCGAGAAAUCCUCGCGAACGCCUGGAUCUAAAAUCUUUUCGCCCUUCCGGACAUUAGGACUGGUAUCAACCGAAGUGCCCUUCACCUGUGUCCGCCUAGGCAAAGCGACAUUCCAGAUUACCACAUCUGUAGGACGCUGCUUGCAGACUUAUGAUCUGAAGCGAGGCCUCAACUUGGUAUUCAUUAGUCGUCCUCAGACGCCAGAUAUCAUCACUGCUACUUGUGCUUGGCAAGACAGGAUCUUUGCAGCAUGGGGAAAUCUUCGCUCCGGCUCGGAAGGGGGUAUAUGGGUGUUCAAGAGAGGUAAAAAGAUUGCGUCUUUAGAAGUGCCUGCUGGGUUUUCGGAGCCCAUUGAACGGCUGCUUGUAUUCGGCACAUGGAUCGUUGGCUGCAGCAGCAGGUGCAUUCAAGUGUGGAAAAAUGCCUCGUAUCAACACUACACGACUCUCAGACCUCAACGUGUCGGUAACCUUUCAGAUGAACCGGUGUAUACCGGUCAAAUCUGCAACAUGCCGACAUACCUCAACAAAGUAUUCGUUGGCAGAUAUGACGGAAAGGUUGACAUCUGGAAUGUAAAGACCGGGAGGCUAGUAUAUUCUAUGCCCCCAGUGUCAGCACAUGCAGGUGCAGUGACUGCUCUUCAACCAACACCCGCGUUAUCACUGAUUGCUAUUGCAUACAAGAGUGGAGCACUAUCUAUCUGUAAUGUUGAGACAUGCCAACUGGCUAUGACCUUGCGUGCAGGCUCUCCACAAAUGGACUGCGUCACAUCACUCGCCUUUCGGCAAGAUGGCCUAGGUGCGGGCGAACAUGGACGAACUGCUGGCAUGAUGGCCACUGGUUCCGUUGAGAGUGGUGAUGUCACUAUAUGGGACCUGAAUAACGGCGGAAGGGCGAUGGGCGUCCUUCGUCGGGCACAUGCACUCGCUGGUGAGUCGGGUUCGGGAAUAAGCCAUUUACAGUUCUUGGACGGCCAGCCUGUUCUGGUCUCAUCUGGGAAGGAUAAUUCGCUCAAGACAUGGAUUUUCGAUGAAAUUCCAUUCUCGCAUAUCCCCAGGCCUCUUCACAUAAGGAGUGGGCAUUCAGCUGCAAUUACUGCUCUAGAGUUCUUGCCUUCGGGGUCUGAUGGCUCCGAAUUCAGUGGGAAGUGGUUGCUGAGCGCUAGUAAGGAUUGCAGCCUCUGGGGUUUCAGUGUAAGGAAGGAUAGCCAGAACACCGAGAUUUCUCAGGGAGCUGUUGAACACAAAUCCAAAAAAAGGGGUGCAUCCAGCACCUAUACUGGUGUCACGCAUGCUAAUUUGGACACCGACUUCCGGGCACCGGAAAUUACCUGUAUCGCCUGCUCCUUGAACCGCGAUGGCGGGAUGGGAACCACGACGUCCGGCCCCAUCUGGGCGAAUCCUAAAACAACAAGAGCAGAAGAUUCGAGCAAGACGGGCUGGGAAAGUAUAGUUACUGGCCAUCGUGGAGAUAAAUAUGCUCGGACAUGGUUUUGGGGCAAAAAGAAAGCCGGGCGUUGGGCGUUCGAAACCAGCGAUGGAACUGAAGUCAAGAGUGUCGCUCUUUCACGGUGCGGAACCUUCGCAAUAAUUGGGUCUGCGGGAGGUACCAUUGACAUGUUCAACAUGCAAUCUGGUCUAUACAGACAGAGUUUCCCAGCCAAGUCUCCCAAGGGUGAUCUUAAACAACGGCCUACUCCGUCGCCCAUCUCUGAGAGGCAUGAUAUCAAACACACCAAAGCAGUCACUGGCUUGAUGAUUGAUGGACUGAAUCGAACUGUUAUUAGUUGUGGACUCGACGGUAAAGUCAAGUUGACUGAGGUUGUCAUUUCAAAUCAGUUUUGGGACCUCGUGUCGGGUCACCUGGUUGAUCAGCUUGAUUGGUAUCCUAUGACUUCUAUCAUUGGGCUUCGAAGCAACCACACAAACGAGCUUGUUGCAUUUAGCUGUGACGACCUCUCAAUUCGCGUUGUUGAUGUUGAAACCAAGAAAGUCAUUCGUGAAUUUUGGGGAUGCGUGGGCCAAAUCAAUGAUCUCACUUUUUCAACCGAUGGACGCUGGAUCAUUGCAGCUUCCAUGGACUCCACAAUCCGCGUAUGGGAUUUACCAACGGGCCAUCUCAUUGAUGUAUUCCGCGUCUCAAGCACAUGCACCUCUUUGGCGAUGUCCUCAACGGGCGAGUUCUUGGCUACUGCACAUGCUGACGGGGUAGGUAUCAGCCUUUGGUCCAACAAAAGUUUGUUUGUACCUAUCUCUACGCGGAAUGUGGAUGAGCAUGCCAUGACAAAUAUGCACAUCCCAACUUCUUCCAACGACGGCUAUCCUGGAGUUAUCGAAGCAGCAUUCUCAGAUGGUUCUGAUGAAGCGGAAGUGGACGGCCCGUUACCAUCCAUUGAACAGCUCAACGGGGAUAUGGUCACUCUUAGUGUUGUUCCUAAGAGCAAGUGGCAAACGUUGCUUCAGUUGAAUUUAAUUAAGGAACGCAACAAACCUAAAGAUCCACCGAAAGCCCCCCAGAAGGCUCCAUUCUUUCUUCCAACUGCUGGUGAACAAAAGCUCCCCGAUAGUGGUCCGAAUACAUCAAGUGAGGGCAUGGUUGCUGAGCGCUCGCGAAUCGCGAAACUCCACAAUUCCAGGGAUAUGUCCGGAAUCAUGAGCACGCGUUUCACUGAUCUUCUAUAUUCAGGUUAUGUCUCAGGAGACUUCGAUUUGUUUGUUGAGCACUUGAAAAGCAUGCCUCCAGCAAAGGCAGAUCUUGAGAUUAGGUCACUGGAUCCACAGGUACGGGACGGUUACUCUGAGCUAUCCGCUUUUGUUUCCGCGUUGUCUACUCGCCUGCGAUCGAGACGAGACUUUGAGCUCGUCAACACAUGGAUGGCAGUCUUUCUAAGAAUACAUGCCGAUAUUGUGGCAGAAUGCUCUGGUACCAAUGCAGACGACGACGAGAACGCUUUAAAAUCUGCCCUUACGGGAUGGAGUCAGGCACUGCAGCGAGAGGCACAGCGCCUGGCUGGAUUGGUCGGUUACUGCAGAGGAGUAGUUGGGUUCUUGCGGUCUACACGCUGA